CAAGCCUGUGCCCAAAGGAAAGUUCUAUUCUGUUUGUCCUGGCCUGGGAAUGAUUGUUACUUUUCCUUCUCCGGGGAAAGCACUUGUGGAAGAUGCUGAUUCUUUGAUCGGUGAAUAAGUUUCAUUGAAUGCGUCAAACCUGUUGCAUAAUGCCGCAGUAGCCUUUGAGGAAUGCUGCUAAUAAAGGCAACAAUAGAACAGGCCAGCCCUUGAAGGAGAAAAUGUCUACUGCGCAAGAGGCAGAGGUGUCCCAGUCUCUGCUACAUCACAAUAUGGAUCCUGAAAUAAAAAUGGAAGGACGGGACUCCAUUGACCCCAAGCCAGGAGAAGGAAGAACACAUUUUCUAAACAUUGGAAAAAGCAAGGUAGAACCAGGGCGUAAUGCGAAAGCAGAGCUAGAGGAAAAUCCAUCAAAGAAUUGGGAUGCCCAGUUGCAGGAGUUUCUGAAGACACUGGAGGAGCCUCAGGGAAGAAGUGAAGUUCCACAGUGCCUUGAGCCAAAGCUCUGGAGUGGUCCAAAAUUAUCUGGGAUGUCCUCCCAAGGAGGGAUGGAUGCCAGCAAAUGGUUGAAAGAAAUGUGUAUUUCCCAAAUGGAGGCUCAUUGUCUUGGGACAACUCAAGAGGAUUGGGACACCCUUCUGGAUGUUGGCCAUGGUGGGAAGGAGAAGAUUGGAGAACUGGCUGAAGGAGCCAUCAGAGCAGAGGCAAGAUGCCGUCGUUUUCGGACCCUGGGCUACAAAGAGGCCAAGGGACCUCAAGAUUUUUGCCAGCAGCUUCAAGAACUUUGUCGUGAGUGGUUGAAACCAGAGAAACACACCAAGGAGCAGAUCUUGGACUUGGUCAUCUUGGAGCAGUUUCUCUCUGCCUUGCCUUUGGAUAUACAAAACUGGCUCAGGAGAAAUGGCCCAGAAACCUGUGUCCAUGCAGUGUCCUUAGCAGAGGAGUUCCUCUUGAAGAGAGCGGAGACCCAGACAUGGGAAGAGCAGGUGAGGCAUUGGGUGGCUGAAUGAAGGUGGUGAACCAAAGUUGAAGAAUUCUGAGAAAAGGAAGCCUCUGAGGAAGUUCUUGAAAGCUGCCAUCAAAACUGAUUUGCUGGCCUUCGAAGAGACCGAUGGAAACGGCGACACGGCAACAAAGCAGAAUGGAAGUGAUGUUGAGAAGGGAGUGGGUCCGUCAGUUCCGCCCCAAAGUGUUGGCUCAGGGCUCAGUGACCCUGCUGUCCAAGAGGAGGAGGAGAUGAAUGAUAACGGGAGUGAGGAAAGCAUGAAUCAAAGCUUGAAGGUUGUGAGAACUGAAAGCCCUGAUGCUGAAGAGAAGCCGUUCCGGUGUUGGCAUUGUGGCCAGAUCUUCAGAAACAGUUCACAUCUGGUGAGCCACGAGAGAACUCACGUUGGCGAGAAACUGUACAAAUGUUCCCACUGUGGAGAAAGUGAGAGGACCCACACGGGCCAGAGGCCCCACAAAUGUCCUCAUUGUGGGUGUAUUUUUGGCUAUCACGGUCACAAGAGGAUCUUUGUGGAGGAGAGGCCCCAUGUGUGUUCUGACUGUGGGAAAAGUUGUAGUCAGAAAUCCGAUCUUUUAAAACACCAGAGAACCCAUACAGAAAGCAAGAAAUCUUACAAAUGUUCUGCCUGCGGCAAAACCUUCAAAAAUGGGUCAAGUCUCAAAGCGCACCAGAGAACCCACACGGGUGAGAAACCAUAUACGUGUUUGUACUGUGGGAAGUGUUUCGUCUGGAGUUCGCAAUGCCGGCUGCACGAGAGAAUUCACACAACUGAAUGCUCCCACUGCGGAAAAGGUUUUGGUCAGAAAUCAGAGCUGGUGGAACACGAGAAGACUCAUCUCGUGGAAGAUUUGUUGGUCUGUUUCGCCUGCGGGAAAAUCUUUGAACUCAGCUCUGAGCUCAUGGCACACAUGCGGACUCACAAACGGAAGCAGUUCGAGUGUUCGGCCUGUGGGAAAACCUUUAUGAACAGUUUGCAACUCACUGCGCAUCAGAAGGUCCACACAGGAGAGAAGCCACAUAAAUGUUCCCAUUGCGGGAAAAGCUUUAGCCAGAGACAGAGUCUGAUAGCUCACGAGAGAAUCCACACCGGAGAACAGCCACACAUGCGCUUAGUGUGUGGGAAAAACGUCCGGAACGCCCCGAAUCUCAAAUCCCACGAGAGGACUCACAUGGGAGAGAAGCCGUACCGUUGCUCCCAUUGCGAUAAAAGUUUCCGGUGGAGUUCACACCUCCUGUUGCAUAAGAGGAUUCACACAGGAGAAAAAUCCUACUCGUGUUCUGAUUGCGGGAGAACGUUUGACAGGAGGUGCAACCUUCUGAGGCAUGUGAAAAACCACACAGGGCAGAGGUCCCAUGUGUGCUCGGACUGUGGGAAAAGUUUCAUCUCCAGCUCAGUCCUUUCGCGACAUCAGAAAGUCCACGUGGGAGAAGAUGUUGCAAGGUGCUUAGAAUGCGGGAAAGGUUUCAGACAGUGCAUGGACCAGGCAGAAAAGGUGUCGAAAUGUCCUGAGUGCAUCCGGAGACCAUCCCUGGGUUUGGAUCUUAGACGUGCACAAAUGCGGUUGAAAGAGAAGACAUUUCAAUGCUCGCUCUGCAGAAAAACUUUCAACAACAGCUCUCACCUUAUGGUUCAUCAGAGCGUCCAUACCAGGGUUCGACCAAGGCAGUGCCUGGAGUGUGGGCGAGACAUCAUCAGGAGGCCUAACCUUAUUGCCCCUUUGAAAAACCUCUCGGGGCAAAACGCAGAGAAAUGCACAGAAUGUGAAAAUAAAACAGUUGAACUAGAUCUCGGAGGCAAAUGUUGACCUCAACCUUCACCCACCCAUCUCCUGAACGUUAAGACUUUCUGUCCCUUAAAAAGAGAAAAUAUUCCUGUGUCAGAAGACAUUUAUGGGGGCUGUUUGUACGUCAGUCGGAAAAAAGUCCCGAUGGUGACUGUUUGAUGCUACAGCCUACCUGAAGAUGAUCAGAAAUUUGUACCCUACCAUGCUCACAUGACCAUACUUUGGGGUUUAGGCAACAAGGACAGAUAUACAGCGAUUUGCUGUGUCCCGUGGUCAUGUGACUGUGUUUAAUGAUAGUUUUGCCGAAAACUGGCACUUCUGGUUUUCACCAAAACUGCGUUUAUAAUUAUAUUCACAUUUAUGACUGGUGUGUCUGCUUUAACAACCAGCAUUCACACCAUCACAGUGAUUCACACACACACACACACA